GUGCCUUCCGCUGAGCACGCUGCGCCCUCCCGGCAUUUUUUCUUGGUUUGGGAACUGGCACCGUCAGAGGAGAGAAGCUGCAUUUUGAAAUGGGAUUUGGAGUUAUCCUAAUGGAAGCAAAAUACGUGAAGGAAAAAUAGUUCCCUUUUUACCAGGAUAUUACACCUGACUACUUGUUGCAAAUGGUUUUCCUACCUAAGAAAACUUGUGACGGAAAUGAAAAAAUACCUUUUCUUAAAAGACUUAUUGUUUGUAAAUAUGCUUCGUCUAAGAGCUGUUUGUCCAUUCGCCUGGAGAGUGUUUCAGUUUCAAUCCUGCAGUUGUAAACCACUAAUUAGCGAGAUGAUUAAGUGUACAGAUGAAGAGCAAAUCUUUGGUCUUAUUCGAAACAACAAAGCCAUGCUUUCAGAAAAGCAAGUGGAAUGUGCAUUUAAUGUACUUUGUCAGUUUCAAAAGCAGAAGACCAGCUUUUUAAAAAAUGUUGAGUGUAUCAGAGAUCAUCCCCAGUUUCUUACUCUUCAUAAUUUAGCUACCAAUCAAAUGGAAUGCAUGAAUGAUGAUACCCUGGUGAAUGUGUUGUACCUCACGCAACAGUGUGCUACUGAGGCCCAGAACCCACUGGCUGAAGCCCUAUUUCCAGAAGCAUGGAGAAGACUGGAAAGGUUUGAUAUUAAUGUGCUAUCAAAAUUUUCCCUUUGCCUAGCAAAUCAACAUUUAUAUUUCAGUCCAUUAAUGGGAAAAAUAGCUGAUAUUGUACAUAGGAAAUUGGAAACCACAGAGGACUUAAGGUCCUUGUCUAUACUGAUGGUCAACAUAUCUUCUUUAAUAUCACAACGUUUUCAAGACCAAUUAGUGAAGAAAACAGAACAUCUUUUUGAUGCCAUAGAUUCUUCCCAGGUCAACGUUGCAAGAAGAAUAGUACAAUUUCUUCGAAAUAUUAAAUAUAGUUAUUACCCACUAUUAGAAAGGUGUAAUACGGUGUUUUUAAGCAAUAUGAAUGACCUUGAUUUGGAUUCCAUCAGUAAAAUACUUAGUCUAUACUACUCUCUACAGUUUCAUAGUUUUGAAUUUAUCAAAAUGGCUAAAAAGAGGCUAACUGAAAUGAUUCCUCUGUCCGAUCACCCUGAUAGCUUUGUAAAACUGUUUGUAGCAUUGGGACCCAUGGCAGGACCUGAAGAAAAGAAACAACUUAAAUCAACUAUAUUAUUGAUGUCAGAGGAGCUAACCAGUCAGCAAGCCUUGGCAGUGGUGGGAACAAUGGAAGAGAUGGCAAGCAGAAAUUCACAUCUGAAUAAAAAGAUUGCUUCAAUUCUGCAUAAACAUUUGGAUAACUAUAAACCAGUAGAGUUAUUGAAGAUAACUCGAGCACUGGUUUUUCUCCAUUUUCAAAGUAAAGAGCUGUUUGUGAAACUCAGAGAAUUACUGCGUAGGCAUUUGGAAAUGAGUGUUACUGCUAGUGAGAUUUCUGUCCUGGUCUCUGCCCUUUCUCUUCUUCCAUCUCCUCACCUAGAUGAGGUGGGAAUAUCUCGAAUUGAAGCAGUUUUACCACAGUGUGACCUAACUGACCUGAAUGGUUUCGCCACAUCUGUUCUAAGAUGGAUUCAUUAUGAUCGCACAUAUCUGGAGAAUACUACUGGGAAACAGCUGAAACUACUUCAAAAACUAGAUCACUAUGGACUUCAGAGACUACAAAAAUGCACCAAUUUGAAUCUGUUAUGGAAAGAACUUAAAUCUUUAAAAGGAGACUGGUUUGCUGAGUCACUUCUUGAAGAAGCAGUUGCUGCUUUACAUCGUUUGAUGGAUGAAAUUAAUUACAAAAAUGUUGCUGAGAUUGCAUCUUUUAUAUCGAAAACUAACUACCUCAGUACUUUGCUACUUGAUAGGAUUGCUUCAGUGGUCCGUCAGCAGAUUGAAAAGAUCCACCCUUUUGCGAUCCUUGCUAUUAUUCUUCCAUUUAGCAUCUUGAACUAUGAUCCACCUCAAAGUGAUGAAUUUUUUGGAAUUUGCAUUCAACAUCUGAAUUCUCACUUAAGUGUAAUGGAUCCUCUCGUGUUAGUGUUUCUUGGUUACUCUUUGGCCAUACUUGAAUAUUUUCCAGAAGAUCUGCUGCAGACUAUUUUUAAUAUCAAAUUCUUAGCCAAACUGGAUUCUCAACUUCAACUUUUGUGUUCAUCUCUAAAUAUGAGGGUCCAGUUACGUCUUAUGGAAUUAAAUAGAGCAGUCUGCUUGGAGUGCCCUGAAUAUCAGAUUCCAUGGUUCCAUGACCGUUUCUGCCAACAACAGUAUAAUAAAGAUAUUGGCAGCAUGAAUGGAGCACAACAGCAGAUUUAUAAAAUGUUAGUGGAGGUGUUAGGAGGAACCAAUUGUGUAAAAGCCUCGGUUCUUACACCUUAUUACCACAAAAUAGAUUUUGAGUGUAUCUUGGAUAAAAGAAAAAAACCUCUUCCAUAUGGAAGCAAUAAUAUAACUUUGGGAAAAUUACCAGAAAUGCACUGGGAGUCAAAUACCCAAAUAACUGGAUCAAGACUGCCACCAGGAGCUGAAAGGAUUGCUUUGGAAUUUUUGGAUUCAAGAGCUGUUUGUAGAAAUGUCCCUUACUUAAAGGGAAAAUCUGCUAUGAAAAAACGACAUUUGGAAAUUUUGGGGUAUCGUGUAAUUCAGAUCCCGCAUUUUGAAUGGAGCUCUAUGGUGUUGUCAACAAAGGAAGCUCGGAUGGACUACCUGAGAGAAUGCAUAUUUGGAGAAGGCAAAUCAUGACUGUAGCUUGUAUUUAAAAUUAGUGAUGCUGGGGGGCACCUGGGUGGCUUAGUCAGUUAAGCGUCCGACUGUCGCUUAGGUCAUGA